AUGAUUACAGAGAUAAUUGAUUAUGCCGCAAAUGCGGUUACUGUGUCAUGGGAACAAAUGGUAGAAGCUUCCAGAGCGGAUGAGGAAAUCCAGCAGAUUUUAGACAUUAUUGAACGAGAUAAACGCGAUGAACUGCCAAUCGAAUUUCGUGUGUUCGCUAAUGAGCUAUGCCAAGUAGGGGAUCUUCUGUUACGGGGAGACCGCAUAGUUGUUCCGACAGCGUUACGCUUUCAGUUUCUUAAAAUUGCGCAUGAAGGUCACCUGGGAUCUUCAAUGAUGAAAUCAACGUUGCGUUUAUCAUUGUGGUGGCCCAGAAUGGACAGAGAAGUAGAAAACUUUGUUAGAAACUGCCGUGGAUGCAUAUUGGUAGCUGCACCAGAUGCACCGGAACCCAUGACAAGGAAGCAGCUGCCGGAUGGACCCUGGAAGGAAAUAGCUAUCGAUUUUCUGGGACCAUUGCCGGAAGGUCAAUGGCUGUUUGUGGUGGUGGACUAUUAUAGUCGGUUCGUAGAAGUUGUGGAAAUGUGGGACAUUACUGCUUCUAACACAAUCCGAGAGCUAUCAACGAUGUUCGGUCGUUUCGGGGUUCCGAUUACAAUGAGAGCCGAUAACGGGCCUCAGUUGGGUAGCGAAUGUAAAGAGCCUAAAGCAUUCUGUAAGGAAUUUGACAUCACAUUGGUUAACACCAUACCGUACUGGCCACAGGCAAACGGUGAAGUAGAACGCCAGAACAGGAGCAUCUUGGAACGUUUGCGAAUUUCGCAGGAGCUGGGCAAGGAUUGGCGUCUAGAGUUACGGAAAUAUCUUCUGGCAUAUCAUUCUACAACUCACCCGACUACUGGGUCUCCGUCUAAACUACUGUUUGGGCGUAGGAUCAGAAAUAAGCUGCCUUCGAUACCAGAACGAGAAGAAGAUGAAAUGGUGAGGGAUCGGGAUAAAAUCGUUAAAGAGAAAGGAAAGGUGUAUUCAGGUAACAAACGAAGGGCUCGUAGGAAUGAAAUUAAGAAUGGGGAUUUGGUGUAUGUUAAACGACAGAGAAAAGAUAACAAAUUGGCAACAGAUUAUUCUUCGGAAUUGUUCAAAGUUGUCAAGCGAAAGGAAUCAGAAGUUACGGUAAAAUCAUUGAAUUCGGGAAACGAAUAUAAACGCUACGUAUCACAUUUAAAAAAAGCAGAAGCUCAGGUCCAAGAUGCACAAAGAAGGGAAGAUAAAGAAGACCAACCAGGAACGUCAGUAGAACAAGAAAGGAGUGACGAGAAUAACUUUUCAAAAUCUGUAUCGGAAGGUCACAAAUCAAUUAGGGUCAGCGAAGAUGAUACAAGUGUUUGUGUACCUGAGAAGCGGAGGUGGUCGGCUCCCAAGAAGUUCCAAGACUAUGCCCCAUUUUGA